AUGAAGUCAAUAGCCCCACAAAAGCAGGAGACAAGCUUCGCUGGCACAUCAGUGAUCGGCACGGGAGGUGACUCCGGGCAUGGAUGGGGGUUUGCUCGGCAAUGCUUGAUCUUGAAUACGAUGCGUGUGAUCAUCAGCACCCGCCCCGAGGAUGAAGGGGUUGCGGCGAUCGUAGCCUUGAGAGCAGACACUACAGUCCAAAUUAAUAGCCCUAUUGGCGAAUUGGAUUUUUCUGACUUGGUUCUUGACGACUACCAAUCUGGGCUUCGUUUUAUCCAAAGGGUGUCGGAAGAGGUGUCGGAACUUCCUAUGCUUCUCUGCAAUGGCGGUACUAAUUCGUUUCUUUAUAAAUUUAGCAAACGUGGCCACGGACGAAUCAUGCGAGCUACUGGCAGCAUUGCACUAUUCUUGACUGGGUUGAAUGGAAAGAAUCACAUUGAGAGCUUCUGGAAUGAUAUUCUCGAGGAUAUAAUCAAAGCAAACCUAGAGUUGCAAGAUAUUUCUUACCAUAAAUCAACCUAG